UGAGUCAUUUGGAUUCUCAGCAUUUCUUGGGUCAUUUGUGUUGGUCACCCUCAAGAUAAAGAAGGGCCAAUUUCUCGUGGAAAGGACGAAACCCCGGAUUUUCAACCUCCGAUUAGCGGAUCACCAUCGCCCCCAGGAGACCCGUUGAGGCCCCGUCCACACUGACCGCUCUCAUUCAAGCCAGCACGACUUGUGUGUGGGGAUUGAAGACUUGCUUUUGUUUUUGGGUGGGCCAUGGCCGCGACUCGUCGCCUCCAGAAGGAGCUUCAGGACAUCCGCAAGGCUGGACCUAAAUCUUUUCGCGAUAUCCAGGUCGAUGAGCAGAACAUCCUGCAAUGGCAAGGCUUGUUAGUCCCGGAUAGUCCGCCCUAUGCCAAAGGGGCGUUCAGGAUCGACAUUCAAUUCCCGGCCGAGUACCCGUUCAAACCGCCCCGGAUCGCCUUCAAGACCCGGAUUUAUCACCCGAAUGUGGACGAAAAGGGCCAGGUGUGUCUGCCGAUCGUGUCGGCUGAGAACUGGAAACCAGCCACCAAGACCGACCAAGUGAUUCAAGCUUUGGUAUCGCUCAUCAAUCAACCCGAACCCGACCAUCCGCUUCGGGGCGAUUUAGCUGAGGAAUACGUCAAGGAUCGCAAAAAGUUCAUGAAGAACGCGGAGGAUUUCACUAAAAAGUACAGCGAAAAACGACCCUCGGAUUAAUCGGCCCCUCAUCAUUGAUCCAAAAAUCCGUGUUUGCCAACGUUUUAGCCACACACACACACAAACAUGAAGUACACCCUACCAACCGAUGAUUCCCAACCAUAGCGCUAAUAUAUACAUACAUAAGAUACUAUCUACGAUUUCUAGCCACCACUAAUUCGUUGUUGCACUGGGUUUUUGGGCCGAUGAUGGGUGUUUCCUUCGGCUUUUUCUCGCAUAUUCAUUCGUUCUUAUCAUUGACCUUCUGACCGGGUCCAGCCAAGCUGUGGCCGAGAAUUGUAUCCGUCUGGUUUCAAGAUGGGCGUCACUGGGGCGGAUCGUGAUGAUGAUGAUAAUCAUCAUGAUUGUAAUGAUUGUCAUUUUUAGAGAGAUUAUUUGAAUAAAUCACAAUUCAGAUCGUC